CUUUUUAAAACAGUUAUAACCUCCCUGGCGGUAUUCCCGAGUGUAGCUCGGGGUAACAUUUCAGUACCAAAAGCGGUAACCCCGAGCUACACUCGGGAAUACCAUGCGGCGCUGCUCCGGCAUGUGUUCUUCACUUACCUUACCCUGCGCUCCCACGAUGUGUCCCCUGCAGCGUCCCCGGCCAUCUCCUCCGGCCGAUGCCAGCAUCCGGCUUCUGUGUCCUGUCCCUGUGACGUCGGGACGUUACGGGCGCCGCCGGCGGCGGGAAAUUUAAAAAUUUUAAAAAAUUUCUUUUUUUUUUUUUUUUCAUUUUACACAGUAAAACAUUGCUGUUUCAACCUAUUUCACAUACAU